ACAAAAAUUUAGGCCUGGAUUUAGGAGAUGCAAGGAACGUGGAUUCCUCGUCAUGUGAAUCAUCUCUUCCCAAUGAAUCCCCAUUCCUCCUCUUCAUUCCUUUCUCGUUCGUUGAUGCUUUUUUCUUGCCGUUUCAGACUUACUUGAUCUAAUUCUGGAUUGAGUACAUUCCAAUGCAUUCCCUCCUUCAAUCAAAUUCAGUGUUUCUGAUUUCAAUUUUAUUUUGUCCAUUCCAUUUUGUCUUCUUUCCAGUUCUAACUACUCUAUUUUAUUAUUAUUUUGUCCGUUCAUUUUUCUUCCCCGGUUUUGAUCACUCGAUCAAUCGUUUUACUAUUGUUGUUUUGUCAUCUCAGAUAAAUUUCGCACACGAUGUUUCCGGAACGACUCGCUUCCUGUCGUUCUUAGUUGGAGCCAUUGUAGAUUUUCAGCGUUUCUUCUAUUUGUCGAUUUGAGAUCAUGGCUCUUCUUUUGCUUUCUGCCAUAUUGUUUGAUUGGUUUCCACAGAAUAACUGAAGGGUUGUGAAAUAAUUGUUGUUCUCGUCGUGUUGGCAAUUGUGUUUUAUAGGUUACAAUUUUUGCGAUUGUUUUCUGAUUUCCAUUAGAUACACGCCCAUGAAGGGAGAAGAGGUGAAAGGUGAACAAGAAGAGCAAUUAUAUUUAGAGGAUCGUGAUAUUGGAAGAAGAAGCUUGGUUGUGAGUGAUGUGAAAAGGGUACUUGUUGGAGCAGGGGCUCGUGCUCUUUUCUAUCCUACUCUGCUUUACAAUGUCCUUAGGAAUAGGUUUCAGGCUGAGUUUCGGUGGUGGGAUAAAGUUGAUGAGUUCAUAUUAUUAGGUGCUGUUCCAUUUCCUAUUGAUGUUCCCCGCUUGAAGGAGCUUGGCGUUUGUGGAGUCAUCACAUUGAACGAGUCAUAUGAGACCUUGGUUCCAACCACACUAUAUCAUGCUCAUGGAAUCGAGCAUUUGGUUAUUCCUACUAGAGAUUAUUGUUUUGCACCGUCAUUACGUGACAUAUGCCGUGCUGUGGACUUCCUACAUGAAAAUGCAUCGUCUGGGAGAAGUACAUAUGUCCACUGCAAAGCUGGGCGUGGUCGCAGCACAACCAUUGUUAUCUGUUACCUGGUACAUUACCAGAUGAUGACACCUGAUGAUGCAUAUGAUUAUGUAAAGUCAAUUCGACCAAGGGUUCUACUAGCAUCUUCUCAGUGGCAAGCUGUUCAGGAAUACUACCACAUCAUGGUGAAGAACACAAUUUCAUAUCUUCCCACGGCCAAUUUACUUUUGAGGCCAUCACAGGCUUCUGCAUCAGCGUCCAAAGACUUGGUAAAAUUUGAUGAUGAUGGGUCUGUAGUUGUAACAGAGUCAGAUCUUGAAGGGUACGAUCCAAGAAUCCAACCAAGUGGUGUGAGAAGAGAGAUAUGGGCAGAUCUAAGUUUUGCGUACCAUGUUCGAGUUGCUGGGCAGGCUGCACUGACAGGAAUGUCAUGGCUCAGGCUGAGAUGUGUGUCAAAGCCAAGGAAAAUGAAGGGAAGGGGAAAUAGUUCCUCAUUCACAAGUGAUCAUUUGGGAGGAAUUAGCGUUGAUAUCCAUGUGUACUGAGAAAAAUCCAUUACUCACUCUUUUUUUAAAGUCUGAUAUUUGUGCCCCAACGGUGAAUAAUUCAUGUUAAUGAAAAGCGGGGCUGAGUUAUGAAGCUGAUUUUCUCCCUUGUAUCCAGUUACUUGCUGUCCUUUGCCAAAAAUAAUGGGAAGAAUGACAGUAACGUUUCAAAAGAAAUAAUAACAGUUAAAUCCUUGACAAGAUUUUCUGAAGAGUAA